AUGGGUGCUUCAACGACACUUCUUGACAACAACUUGCCAACCCUCAACAGGUUCAUCACGGACCACAACAAGCACGGCGAAGCCAUUUUCAGUGAGAAAAUUGAGGAGAGCUUGGAAUUUCAAGAGCUUCCAGAUGGGGCUCGUUUCUGCCUCGGAUAUACGACUCGGAGUACCCCUGUGGACAUGAACGAGGAAAAGGACCUCAAAGUUUAUACGCAAGACCUUGUGAACAAGCCGGGAGUCAUGAUCCCUGGCGGUUCAGUGCUUCGGAUCGUGGACAUGAUGCCAGGGGCUCUCUCGCCCAUGCACAGAACCAUAAGUCUCGAUUACGGUGUCGUGAUAGAAGGCGAAGUGGAGCUGGUGUUGGAUUCUGGAGAGAGACGGCUGAUGAAACGGGGAGACGUAUCUAUCCAACGAGGCACGAUGCAUGCGUGGCAAAACGCAAGCAGUACUCAGUGGGCUAGAAUGUUAUAUGUGCUGCAAGAAUCACUGCCUGUCACUAGUAGCUCACAGCCUCUGGGAGAAGAUUAUGGUGGAAUACCCGGAGUUAAGCCUUCACACGAAUAG